AUGGCUCCUACCGACUACGUCUACGGCGUUACGCUGAACGGGCUCUCCAAGAACGUCAACACUGACGACCUCAAAAAGUUCUUUGCCUAUGCUACGAACAACUUGAUCCUCGGUCCUUUCAAGCUCUCGGCAAGCGGCACCAUCUCCCUAGACGUCGGUGUACUCAGUAAAUCGGAGCUAGACAAGAUCCUGGAAGCAAAGGCUGGUCUCGAAGCGUCGAACGUCUCAAUGUCGCAACCCACCAUCAGCCAUCGACCCAUCCCUCUUCUCUCACCUAGCAACUCGCUCACCGGAACCCAUUCGAGCUCCCUCCUCUCCGGCUACACCCUCCCAGACUCCCCGCCCUCCGCGAUCGAUAUCUCUCCAACCAAACCUAGUCGACUCUUUCAACCACCUCCAGCCUCUCACGACGAUCUUCCCAAGAAUGUUUACGUCCUGAACUUGCCUCUGGAUAUGAGUCAGGGCGAAUUCGAAGCGGUCUUUUCGCAAUUCGGAAAGAUCGAACACGCGUGUCUCCUAUCGAUGCUGGAUUCGCUGGGCAGGAGGAGGGGAUUCCUGUUGAUGGCGAGCUAUGAGGAAGCAUGCAAUCUCGUGAACAAAACUCAAGGAAGGACGCUCAAGAAUUGUCGACUUGAAGUAUCGUGGGCUCAGGUCCAGAAGGGAUCUCACUCCGAGCAACAAGGAGCCCCUCGACAAGCCUUCUCGCGCUUCCAACCGCCUCCCGCCGAUUCUCACCGGGAUCAAUGGCAAUACAACGCCGCGUUUCGUACCCCUCCCGCCCAACUCAAGCCGUUCCAACCGGUUCAACACAGGGCCCCUAUCAUCACGGCUGAUAGGGGUGGUUCUUCCGAAAGUCCUCCACCGAACAUGACGUCCACUACUGUCAUUGCGGAAGGUCUCUGCGCCAAAGCGUUCCCUACCAUCGACCAUGUCAUUCGAGGCUUCUUACCUCGAGGGGACGUGACCGGAGCGACCUUCCUACCCGACAAUUCCGGCCUCCCUCCCCACGAGAACGCCUUGACCAGGUCCGCGUCGGUCACUUUCAAGACGAUCCGCGAGGCGGCCAACGCGGUCUCUUGGAUGCACGGCAGGUUCUACGGCGGCAAACAAAUCAAGGUCAGGUGGGAAGGAGAAGGGUUUCCCAGAAAGGUCAGGCGGACCAACGCACCUGUCCGGCUCGAUUUUGGUUCGGCGCUCGGGAUGGGUCCGGGAAUCUCGUCAGCUCCUUACUCAAGCGGCCAGGCGUCUUUUGCUCUCCCUACCCCUCCGAUCACGCCCUACGAGAAUCGCAUGUCCUAUUUCGGAAACAAUGACCCGCCCCAAACUCAACGAGGUCCGGUGCAAGGCUUUGACCAACAGGCGCAGGGACCCUUCCAGCUCCAACAAUCUCACUUGCAAAAGCCAACCCAGUCACAACAGCCAUUCCAGGCUCAACCACUUCAUGAACAGGCGAUCGGGCUCUCGCAAGCGCACCAGCAGAGUCUGGCGGACCAAUUCCUUCCGUUCAUGCAACAACGUUACAACACUAAGCUCGCCCCUCAGACCCCCUCGGAUCCGUCGGCUUCAUACAACAACAGUCGGCCGCACUCGUCUUUGCAGGUGCAAAAUCACGUGCUCGCCUCUAGCACUUCGUCUCUCGGCAACUCGCAACUGAGCACGCCGCAACGCUCCGAUAUCGAUAGGAACCCUUCGCCCGCGUCGAACCGUUCGUUCGAAGGUGUCUUCCCGACCGCGCUCACUCCCAUGUCGUGGUCUGGUAUCUCGGAAAACAAGACCGCUCCGCCUUCUCCAGGUCCUUUUACCCCCUUCUCGCCGAUUCAGGACAACGAGGGGUUCGAGGGCACCCAGAUCCAGGAGGAGAACGAUGUCUUGGGGAUCCUCGCCGGACUCACCUGUGACGACGACGAUCGUGAAGAUGAAGGGGAAGAGGAAAAGAUGGUAUGGGCAGGAUCAGAGGUCGCCAAGGAUUAUGGCCCGAUCGGGCAGGAAAGGAGGAAUUCCGCCGUCGAAGCGUAA